UUCACUGUAGCGUAGGACCCGACCAUACUAAUUGAACCCGACUAAAUUGAAGAUAGAAAAAGUGAUUAAAACAUUAAUCACACUUCUAAUUUGCAACAUUGAGCCUAAUAAAAUUAAAAAAACAAACCGAAAAAAAAAGAAGAAGAGAAAAGUCCCCACGCCAAGCCAACCGUAUCAUUUCUUCUUUGUAGUUUUACUUUAUUGGUAGUUCCUCCUCAGCUUCGCCGGCACUUGACACUGCCGUUCGUCUCCGAUCAACUGCCCACUUAACGGCCAAUUACGUGUCCAUCCCCUUUUUUUGCUUUCUCUAGCUCCGCCAUGACAAAACCUCAAUUUUUAGAUCUCUAAAUUCUAAAUUCUAAAUCUGAAUCUAGAUUUAGAUUCAUUUUUUUUUAAUUUUUAGUUAAAUAUAUAUAUUCGUUUUAGAGCUAUGGCGACGAGGAACAGGUCGCUGCUAUUCAAGAAAUACAGGGAUGCGUUGAAGAGUGUUAGAAUUCCGGCGAGUUCGUCGGCAUCGUCUGCGGCGACCAAGAGCUCCGGUGGAGGACCGGUGAUCGAGCUGGUUAGUACUUCGUUGCUCCAUCCAAAUCGUUCUUAUACUCCUCUAAGUACCGAGGAUCCUGGAAAUUCAAGUAAGGGUGCAGUUACAGUGGGUCUACCACCAGCUUGGGUAGAUGUGUCUGAAGAAAUAGCAGCAAAUGUGCAACGUGCACGGACAAAAAUGGCUGAGUUGGCUAAGGCUCAUGCAAAAGCUUUAAUGCCUUCAUUUGGUGAUGGUAAAGAAGAUCAACGCAUUAUUGAGUCUCUUACCCAUGAGAUAACUAAUCUGUUGAGGAAAUCAGAGAAGAGAUUACAAAAACUCUCUGCAUCUGGACCUUCUGAGGAUUCAAAUGUUAGGAAAAAUGUCCAGCGUCAACUUGCUACUUACCUUCAGAACCUAUCAAUGGAGCUCCGGAAGAAGCAAUCAACUUAUUUGAAGCGCCUCAGGCAGCAAACAGAGGGCCAGGAUGGAGUUGAUCUAGAGAUGAAUAUAAAUGGAAAUAGGUCUUAUGCAGAAAAUGAUGACUUGGAUGAUAUGAUAUUUAGUGAGCAUCAGAUGGCAAAGUUAAAACAAAAUGAGGCACUCACAGUUGAGAGGGAAAGGGAGAUUCAACAGGUUGCGGAGUCUGUAAAUGAGCUUGCUCAGAUUAUGAAAGAUUUGUCAGUUCUUGUGAUUGAUCAGGGUACCAUUGUGGAUAGGAUAGACUACAACAUUCAAAAUGUUGCAACUACAGUUGAAGAAGGCCUCAAACAACUACAGAAGGCAGAAAGAACACAGAAACAGGGAGGCAUGGUGAUGUGUGCUACAGUGCUCGUUAUAAUGUGCUUUGUCAUGUUGGUCCUCCUAAUCCUCAAGGAGAUAAUCUUUUGAUUCGCAUGCAUGUUUUUUUCGUUGAUGAUUUCCAGUUUGACCAGCGGUGAGAGCCCAUUACUUUAGAAUCAGCAAUUUCCUUGGUCAGCAGCAUGAGCAUGGGGGGAUUUUGAAUACCCCCAUAUGCAUACGACUUAACCGUCAUGAUUACUUAUUUUCUUACUCUUCAAUUCUUGGGUUGUUGUCCUUUCAAGAAGAGGAAGAGGCGGGUGUUUGAAUCGCGUUUAGAGGAUUGAUCUAUAAUAGAGUUUAUAAGUUAUGUAUUCUUUUUCCUUGAGAAAGGAAAGGAGCUGAUAUUGAUUCUUUAAAACUCCCUGGGUGGGUAUUUCUAGCUUUAGGGGAUUCCCAUUAGGAGAUGAGGUGUUUGGCUAUAUAUCUAUAUGUAUUACCUUGUAUCAAUUCUUUUAAUUUCAAAGAAAUGGCACAUAAAUCCACAUUGUAAUAA